UCCGCUGCUGGAGCAGUACUCGAUAUUUGACGUUCCACUUAUUUACAUGCUUUCCUCAUUAACUUCAACAUCUAAUCAGUAAUCACCCACAAUUUUACCCAAUCAAUUACAACAAUUGUUAUUUUAAAAGUGCGUGCAAGUGCCAGCCAAUUGAGGCACACCGAUUGUUUCAAAGUGGAUUGAUUAUUAACAAAAGUGACGGCCGGCUGGCGUGCCAGACAGACAAAUCAGUGCCAUUGCAGACUAACGUUGCUCACAGUCGUGAUAAAAUAUUUAAAUUCAAUAAAAAUAAAUAAUUAAGAAUAGAUCCAUGAUUUUAAUACUCCACACUAAUUUAUAAUUCCGAAUAGUAAACACCAAAUGCAACGAAUGUUUUUUAUACAUAACAGUGAGGAUUGACGUAACGGUAUAGUGAGUUUUUUUGUGAUAAAUAAUCGAAGAUGUGCGGGGCAUCGGGAUUAAAUAAUUAAACUUCAAUCGGUGAUUUGUGAGGAGGAAGUGGAAGCAGUUGGCGAAAAUGUUGCCGAAGGGGAACUCUGAUUUUUAUACGUGUUAAUUUGCAGUAGACCGACCAAAGAUACUAAACAGAACUCGCUAAUUAUUUAGAAGAACGUAUAACAAGGGCAGUUGUGUCCAAUGUUGGAUACCUCAAGGUCUCAAUCAAUUUUGAAGUUGAAUUUUCGGAUAAAUCAGUAAAGGGCAGGAGAAUUGGGAUAAAUUUAUUGAAUAUUCGGUUUUUGGCGAUUCGGCAAAUUAAUCGGUAUAAACAAUGGCCCGAAAAAACGAUAACUUGAAAGGGAUAAACGUGGCAGUCGUUGGCCUGUCUGGUACUGAAAAGGACAAAGGACAGGUUGGCGUUGGAAAAUCAUGCCUGUGCAAUAGAUUUAUGAGAUCACUCAGCGAUGACUACAGUGUUGAUCAUAUUUCAGUCCUGUCACAGUCGGAUUUUAGUGGUCGCGUAGUAAACAACGAUCACUUCCUCUACUGGGGUGAAGUGAUUAAAGCAGCAGAAGAUGGUACAGAGUAUAACUUUCAAGUGAUAGAGCACACAGAGUUCAUAGACGAUGCUUCAUUUCAACCAUUCAAGGGUGGUAAAAUGGAGCCAUACGCCAAGAGAUGCUCAGGAACAAAAAUAACGAGCGCUGAAAAACUAAUGUACAUUUGUAAGAAUCAGCUUGGAAUUGAGAAGGAAUACGAGCAGAAAGUAUUACCCGAUGGUAAACUAAACAUCGAUGGUUUUUUAUGUGUAUUCGAUGUGAGUGUCGUACCAAAUCGUACAAUCGAGAAGCAGAUUGAGAUUGUAGCCAAUAUUCUGAAUAAUUUGAUAAAAACUAAAAAGCCCGUUGUACUCGUUACAACGAAAAAUGACGAUGCCAAUGAGCAAUACGUGAAGGAGGCUGAGAAAUUGAUAAUGAGAAAGGAGUACAAAAAUUCAAUAGUUGUCGUGGAAACGUCAGCGCAUGAAAAUAUUAACAUCGACAAUGCAUUUCUAGUCUUGGCACAAAUUAUUGAUAAAACGAAAAUGAGGAGUAAGGUUGUACCAUUUGCUGAGGCAGCUAGAGCACGCAAAGAACUACUCGAUGCAUCGACGGAAUCACUCCAGAGAUUAAUUCGAAUACACGUGACGGAUUAUCGGGCUUUAUGGUCACAGGCGUCCAAGAAACUUGGACAGCACAAGGAAUUUCAGAACUUUGUCGAGUUGUUUGGAAUUGAUGCUACGCAGAGAUUGUUCAGGCGUCAUAUUAAGAAACUUAAGGAUGAGCAAGUGGCUAAGAAGAUUCAGGGCUACUUGGACAUGCUCCCCGAAAUUCUUCACGAGAUCUGUCCUGACAUUUCCAGUCUUAUUAACGAGGAAUGGUCUACGGUGCAGCAGUACAUAAAAGAGCACCCAGACUUCCAUCAACAUUUUUAUGAGUGUCCAGAGGACAUUUCGUGGAUCGACUACGACUUUGGGGAGAAUAAUACCACGAAAAUCCCUUACGACGUUCUAGAGACACCCGAGGCUGAGACAGUCUUCAAAAAUCACAUCAAUGCCCUUCAGCAGGAGCAAAGAAGACUCGAACUUCCAAAAAGAUGGAAAAAACAGUUCAAACAAUUGCUGGAGGAAACUGGAUAUGUCACGCCUGGGAAGCACUUGUCAGAGGUGCGAGUAUUGUUUAUGGGACGCGAGUGUUUUGAGGCACUUUCACAUCACGAUUGCCAGGAGAUUUACGAUCAACAUCAGAAGGAAAUUAUUGAACGUGCUAAGCAUAAUUUUCAGGAGUUGUUGUUGGAACAUGCGGACCUGUUUUACCAUUUUAAGAGCAUAGCACCGUCUGGUACUAUUACGCAAGAUGAUAUUAAGGAAAUUACAGACGCCUUACUCGACGAUUUUAGGUACAAGACCCUGGACAGACUCGACCAGGAUCGCAAAUUAAUGUUGUUCCAACAUUUGGGCUUUGUUCAUCUUCCUAUUCGCGAACACUGUCCGGCAUUUCCAAAUUGCAUGGACGCGCUGAUUGAACGAAUACUGGGUACAAAAGCCCACAGGCCCUCCUCGUGGAACCACAGUAGUCAAUGGCAAUUAACGUCCGAGAAUAAUCAGUUAAAUUUGGUUAUACUAGGCAGCAAUGGCUUGGGAAAUGAAUUUGCCCAUGAAAUAAAAACUCAAACCGAGGACGACGAGGUGGAAAUUGAUUGUCAGUUGUAUACACUUGGAUACAGGGUUAUUGAUGGUGACGUUGGAUUGCCACACAAUUCAUUUACAACUUCCGAUUUCAUGCCACAUGGAUCUUUCUGCGUGUACUCAAACGAAGACUCAUUUGAGUACAUAAGAUCAUCCCUGGAGAAGACUCUCCUGUCGAAUCUCGAGCAGGAGGACAGAUUACCCUUUCAGGGUCUUCCAAUAGUAAUAAUGUUCAUCCCCGAAUCGACGAUUGAUGAGAUGGAGGCGAUGAGGCUCAGAGAGGAGGGGCAAAAUCUUGCUGACAGCCUGCAGUGUCCCUUUAUCGACGUUUGCAUCGAAGAUUUAGAGCCUGACAAGCGUUUUCCAAGUUCCCUUGUUAAGGACGCCCUGCAGCAGCUCAUACAGUCGAUAAACCAUCGGGCUGGCUUCUUGAACAUUUACCAGAGUGUUAUCGAGUGCUUGGAGCCUGACAUCAGGAUAAUCAUGUGCAUGUUCUGUGGAGAUCCUUAUUCAGUGGAGAACGUCCUGGGCCCUCUGUUGAGUCACCAGUGUUGCUUUCUGAGUGGUGAAAAGUCAAUAGUUCUUGAGACAUUCCUGGGAGAGUCAAAAAGACGAGUCGAGGUGAUAAUCUCAAGUUUUCAUGGUGCUAAUGCCUUCAGGGAGGAAUUAGUCCACGGAUUCAUACUCGUGUACUCAACGAAGAGAAAAGCAUCGCUGGCAACGUUGAAUGCAUUCUCAAUGAACAUUCCAAAUUUACCGAUUCAAAUAAUGGCUGUCACCGACACUGGAGGGGCCAAUGCAUUUUUCAGUAGUGAUCUCAGUCAUCUACUUAUCACUGAAGGAAACGCAACCGCAGAUCGUUUGCAGGCGCAUUUCAUGACGUCAGCGUCCAGUUGUCAGCAGAAAACUGCUUUCUACACGCCGUUCUUCAAGGAAGUUUGGGAGAAGAAGCCUGAGAUUGAGCAGGCCUUCAACAUGGAGGAACCUGGCAAUCUCAAUGACAGUGGAGAGGGCACUUUGGAGUACUCUGCACUACAUCCUAUGCCACCACCGAGACACGAGAGUUAUCAUCUGCAGACACCAGAUGACGGUAUGUCUGUUACUUUCAGAAGUGGAUCGGAGUCGUACGAGCAACUUACACCAGACGGUGAUCUAGGUGAUCCUGGGCUCAAUGAGCAGUUCAAUGAUCAUCGUGCAACACCCAGCGAUGACAGUGACAUUUACAGUCAAGUGGACUUCCAUCGGGAGGAGCGAGAGCGAGAGCUGCUCAAGGGAGGAGAUUUCGCUAAUAAAUUGACAGGCUGGGUAAAAGAUACAUUUAUGCACCAAGACGGUGUCUCGAACUCCUACUCCCACCGUGCAUUUACAACGGGUCGUCGUCACAUCCCCCAGAUAAAAUCACGACCCAAGGGCAACAGUCAAACACUGAAACAACCAGGAAAAAUAAAUCUCAAGGAUUUUUCAAAUGUAACUGACGCAAUAGCACGCAUGAAUACCGGUGAAAAAGUUGAGCAUUCAUCGAAAAUGGGACAUGCACCGCUAGCAACACCUGAGCUAGUUGAUCUCGAGUAUGCCCAUCCCAAAGAUGUUGUGCCGAAUUUAUAUCCAUCGUACGAGGGAGAGUACGCUUAUGCAUUAGUCCAGGACUCAAUUACAAAUAAUAAAUCAAAAUUGCGACACAGGAGGGAGAAGGGACAGCCCUCGUACAGUGACUCAGACUCAGAGUGGAGCUCUUUGGAGAGACAGAGGGUGGCUGAUGUCAUUGCUAAAGCAAAUAAAAAACCAACUACCCACAAGAGGACCAGGAAGAAGAGGGCGGCAAUUCCUGUUGCUACACCCAAAGUACCUUCUCUUGGGAGCAUGACGAGUGGUGAUGGCAUUGUUGGGCUCAAUUACAGUGUUAAGGAUGAUAAGACUUGGCGGAUUGAUCUCACCGAGAGGGUAUCGAGCGAAACACCGGAUAGCUCAGAGUCUAGUGAGCCUGAACACGGUACGAGAUCAAGAUUAAAAGCUAAUAAACACGCGCCGGUUAGUGUGAGAAAGAGAUUUGGAAAUUCAGCUGCAACGCUACAGCAUCCAUUCAACCUGAAACACGUGACCCAGGAUAUGUUCAGUGUGUCCUAUGAUGAAUCCAGCCUCGAUGUUUCCUCUCCUCGAGAGAUCAACUCCCCGGGUUUUGGAAUAUUAAUGAAGGGUAAGGAUGGUGACAAGCUGACGAGAAAGAAGGACAAGCAGAAGGCGAAGGAGGAUGAGAAGCUGGAGAAACGUCGACAGAAGGAAGAGAAGCUGAGGAAAAAUGCUGAGAAAGAGAAGGAACGGGAGAAGAAGAAGCAGGAGAAGAUUAAGCAGACCAAAGGGACAAAUCCAGGCUCGGCGAUGUCUGGACAAUCGCAGCAGUCACUCAUCGAGGAUUUUGCCCAGAGUGAGACCAACAGAAUACCUCUUUUCCUGGAGAAGUGCGUUAGGUUCAUCGAGGACGAGGGACUCGACUCUGAGGGAAUAUACAGAGUUCCAGGGAAUCGAGCUCAUGUGGAAUUGCUUUUCCAGAAAUUCGAGGAGGAUGGAAAUGUCGAUAUUCACUCGUUAGAUAUUCCUGUGAAUGCUGUUGCCACUGCCCUCAAGGACUUUUUCUCGAAAAGAUUACCACCCUUGAUCGAUAAGGAACGCAUGGCCGAGUUGGAGGACAUAUCUGGUGCACGAGGUAUCAGCAAGCCAAUGUCUGCUAUUUGCAUGAAUAUGGAAGAUCGAAGUUGUCGACUUCUCGCCCUACGAUUGAUGCUCAACAAAUUGAAUCCAGUCAAUUUUGACGUUCUCAAGUUUAUUUUUCAACAUUUUGUAAAGGUUGCCGAAAAUUGCAAAUUAAACAGUAUGGACAGUAAGAAUCUGGCCAUAUGCUGGUGGCCUACCCUAUUGCCAAUAGAGUUCAACGACCUCGGUAGAUUCGAAGCAAUGAGGCCAUACCUCGAGGACGUCGUUCAAACGAUGAUCGAUCAGUACCCCUUCCUUUUCUGCGACAAAGAGGCCAUCGUAAUGGUUUAGUAACGAAUUUUCAACCCAAAAUCUGUAAACACCGACAAAACACACAACACGUGAAAAACCCAAACGAUUAAUAAUGAAUCCACGAACUGUGACAGAAGGACCUAAAAAUGGUGUAUAAAGUAAGUGAAUUUUUUAAUGAUUUAUCCGAAGCAGUACAGCCAUUAUAAAUAAUGAGCGACUAAUGAAUUUACAUAGAAUUACUGAAACAAUGAAAGAAACAUAGCGCUUGGUCCUACACUUAAUAUCAAUAAUUAACACUAGAGCGCAUUUUGCGUUGAUCCAGAUUAACAUAAUAUUGCAUAGAGAGGAUAAAUUGAAUGAAAAAAAAUUACAAAAAAAAAAA